GGUGUGAAACAGUUUAUGGCGAGAGAGGUGGCAUCAAGAAGGAGAAGUGUGAGUGAAGAAAAGGAACAAUAUCUCUACCCUGAUUGGAGGCUGACAAGCUUCAGAUGAUGUUGCUGAGCCUUCUUUCUGGUUUGAUCGUGGGAGCAGCUGUCCUCUUUGUUCUUUACCGCUGGGUGAUCCCCACAGCUGUGCAGUAUCAUGGAGGACUGGCACUACUGUGGCAUGAUGUCAUCGUGGAGCGCACACUGGACACCUUGACCCGAACUUCACGUCCUCAACGUCUUCUGAAGGCAGUGCAGAGGAAAGCCACUGUAGGAGACCCCCAGAGUGUGAUCACAGCCAUUGACCACUUCUGCAGACAUCGAGAAUGGGCCAUGAAUGUGGGGGAUGAGAAAGGCUCCAUUCUGGACUCGGUGGUCAAUGAAGUGAGUCCAGUCACUGUCUUGGAGUUAGGCACUUAUUGUGGCUACUCAACAGUGCGCAUAGCCCGCCUAUUACUCCCUGGCGCCUGUGUCAUUACCUUGGAGUUCAACCCAGAUUAUGCUGCCAUUGCUAGUCAAGUCAUCAAAUUGUCAGGACUGGAAGAUAAGGUGCAGCUAGUGGAGGGAGCCUCAGGAGACUGGAUCCCUCGGAUGAAGGAGCAUUUCGGGGUCCAUGCAUUUGACUUAGUUUUUCUGGACCACUGGAAAGAGCGCUACCUUCCUGACACAAAACUGCUGGAGGAGUGUGGUCUCAUACAGAAAGGCACAGUGCUGCUGGCAGACAAUGUCAUCUGUCCAGGAACCCCUGACUAUCUGGAGUACGUCCGCAACAGCCCUCGCUACAACAGCCAGUACUACAGAUCCCACCUGGAGUACACCAAAGCAGAGGAUGGCUUGGAGAAGUCUGUGUUCUUAGGGUACUAGCCAAACAUUGAGCCUCUUGCUUUAAAACAUUAACUCUCUUGAUAAUAUUUUUUGUUAGUUUCAAUUUAAAGCGCUGCCUUAUAUCUCAGUUAUGACAUACUGUAACUUACUGUGGUAAGCAUUUCUUUCCCUGUAGAAUUUAUCUAGAGUAAACUAAUAUCUUUGAAAAAGUAUUUGUGUGUUUUGACAUUGUCACAAUGCUAUCUAGCUAUGCAAAUUGUUAAAAUGUUAGGUCUUAACAGUUAUAUUUAGUGCUGUCAGUUUUACCGCUGCAGAAUUAUGGUAGUGAUGUAUUUUUCAAACAUGGAUCUAAUUCACUAGGUGGCAGUAGUGUGCCUUUUUAGAGAUUCAAAUCAAACAACUGAAAAGCAGCAUGUGAAGUGGUCCCAUCAUUUUACAUUUUACAUUUUAGUCAUUUAGCAGACGCUCUUAUCCAGAGCGACUUACAGGAGCAAU